AUGGGGUGUGGCGCCUCGGUCCCCAACGGGAAGGGCCGGAAGCGCCGGAGCGUCGUACAGGAGGUCGCCGUGUUCAUCCCGACCAUCCGUGUCCCGGUGGCCACCGACGUGGUCCAACCGCUCAGGGGACUGGUUUCCAAGGAGCUCGUCGAUCGCCUCGCGACGCUCCGUUCCAACGUCGUCGCGCUGGCUGAAGAUAUCUAUCAUGGGGAUAUGUCGGCUGUCUCUGAACUGCAACGCGCCCUUGAGGAGUACCUGCCUGUUGUUCUUGGAUUAACAGCGAAAGAGAGCCGUCUUGAAGCAUCUGUGCAAUUCAGCUGGAGGACCAUAGACGAUGAUCAGGAGUGCUGUCUCGCGAGCGCGUGGUACGAAGUACUUUCUGUUGUCCACAUGAUGGCGAUGCUUGCGCUGUUUGAGGCAAACCUCAAACUCAUCCCGAGAGACGGCCAAAAUGGAGCUGAAAAGAAGGUAUCUGAAGAUUCAAAGAAGGAUGUUGUGGACUCAUUGCUCAGGGCAUCAGGGUGCUUAGACUACUCCGUGCAUCACAUACUUGUUCAAAUACCUGCACAAAUUAAGAAGAGUUUUCCUAGUUACCUGCAGGAAGGUAUGCUUGAGGCCAUCUCAAUUCAGUCUUUGGCUCAGUGUGUAGAGAUACAGCUAGGAUUGGCUUCUGAGUGUGAAAAGGCGACGUUGUCGGUGAAGAGGCGGCUAGCCUGCGAGCAAGUCAGCUAUUUUUCAAAGGCUCACUACUGUCUGUCAGGAUGCGACACGAGCGACUCGUAUGGGAAGAAGCUUCUGCUCUUCCUCAAGUGGAAAUGGAUGGACGCCAAGGCAGUAGCAUAUUACUACCAUGCUCUAGUGCUCGACAAGGGGAGCGAGCCGACCAACCAUAUAAGCGCGGUCUGCUGCCUCUCUGCAGCUGAUGACAUCCUUGCAGAGAGCAAGAGGGCUUGUCUGAGCUUUUGCCUGGCAAAUCCCAUCACAAGGGUGCCUCCUCCUUGGGGCAUCAUGAAGAACAUGCACAAGAAAAUUCCAGAUGUCGCGUACAAGAAAUUCCAAAUAUAUGGGCAUCUUUUCGAGCAAGACAAGAAAAGUGCCCUUCAAUCCUUGCCCGAUCUUCCGGAGUUUCCGCUGUCGCUGAGACCCGAAGACUACGAAUUUCCGGGCACCGAUUCGAUCUGGGAGAAUGUUGAUUGCCAACCCCAGAUUCAGAGCCUCAAGGAGCAUCUGGAGGACGACCCAGAAACAGAGGAUUCAAAAUAG